AUGCUGGGCGCGUUUACGCACGGUAAUGACAGUGAUAUUUUAUCAGACCAAUCUCUCUCGUAUACCAUCAGAACGUCAGCCAAUGUACCUGAAAGGAAUUUGCUGCAUGUUUCGGAAGAACAAACCCCACUCCUCAAGUAUGAAACGCCCAGCCGAUAUCAGGCCGUCAGCGACCAGCUCAAGGAUGUUGUCACUGGUGCAGAGGCCCUUGUCAAUGUGGACUCGCAGUGGAGUUUCCUGAAAGCACGCCAGAAGAUUUUUCAAGCUGCGACAGAGUCACGGGUUAAUGGAGAGGCGUGGGUACAAAAGGCCAAAAAUCUCUCAAAGGACGACGUGGUUGCCAUGGCAAAGGCGCCGCUUCUCAACGUCCCAGCCGUGGUACUCGGUUUACUGCUGAAUAUUCUUGAUGGUGUGUCCUACGGGAUGAUUACGUUUCCUACGUCCAUGCCAAUCUUCGCGUCUUUCGGCGGCGACGGUGUCUCCAUGUUUUUUGUUACGUGUAUUAUUUCUCAGAUGGUAUACACCCUAGGCGGGUCAGUUUUUAAGGGCGGAAAUGGAAGUAUGAUGAUUGAAGUCGUGCCAUUUUAUCACAUCUUGGUAAAAGUGAUUGUUCAGGUCGCGGGAACCGACAACCCAAAAGUCAUUGUCUCUACAACGAUGGUGGCAUUUGCACUUUCUUCGGUGCUCACAGGACUCUUAUUUUUGAUUCUGGGUGCUCUUCGGCUAGGUGUUUUGAUCAGUUACUUUCCUAGACAUAUCCUUGUCGGUUGCAUCGGUGGUGUCGGUGUAUUCUUGAUGGAGACGGGUUUUGCGGUGACCGCUCGAUUGGAAGGCGAGGAUGGGUUCAAAUACAACUUGGCAACUAUGCAGGCGUUAUCAGCUAAUGCGCAAGUAAUUUUACAAUGGCUUGUCCCUCUUUGUCUUGCCGUGCUUCUGCAGGCCAUUACAGCACGUUGGCACCACCCACUGAUUAUGCCAGUCUAUUUUUUGAUCAUCCCUGUUAUAUUCUACAUGGUUUCUUUUCUUCUAUUUGGAGCCAAUAUGGAGACUUUAUGGGAGCAAGGAUGGGUUUUUGAUAUCCAGCAUUUGGCAAACGCACCAUUCUAUCGGUUUUACACCUAUUUUGACUUUCAAAAUCUAGACUGGAAUGCUUUAUGGGCCACUAUGCCUACCCAAAUGGCCCUAGUUUUCUUUGGGAUUCUACAUGUGCCUCUCAAUAUACCGGCACUUGGUGUUAGCCUCAGUGAGGACAAUGUGGAUACAGAUCGGGAGCUUGUGGCGCAUGGUAUUUCCAAUGUAUGUGCGGGUAUGUUAGGAACAGUGCCGAAUUACCUCUGUUAUGUAAAUUCGGUUCUGUUCUACCGCGUCGGAGGCGGCUCGCGACUGAGUGGACUUAUGCUUGCCAGUGCUACUGCCAUGGUUUUGCUUAUGGGCCCUGGUAUGAUUGGAUAUUUGCCCAUUAUGGUCGUUGGGGCGCUUAUUUUCGUCUUGGGUCUCGACCUUGUUCGUGAGGCACUAUGGGACACCAUUGGACGUGUCAACCGACUAGAGUAUAUCACCAUUGUCAUUAUUGUGGUGGUGAUGACGUUGUCAGACUUUGUUGUGGGCAGUCUGGUGGGGAUCUUGUUGGCAUGCCUGAUUUUUGUCAUGCAGUCUGCCCGUCGAAACGUUGUACGCGCUGUAUUCACUGGACACUCUGCCCGCAGCACAGUUCGACGACAGCUCACGCAGCGCCGUUUCCUUGAUGAGGUCGGUCGGCAAACGCAAGUGCUUAAACUCCAUGGUUCCUUAUUUUUUGGGACUGUCAACUCAGUCGAGCGGCUUGUGCGACAGCUGCUGGAUUUGGCUACAUGGAAAAAAAACCCAAUUCGCUUCCUAAUCAUGGAUGUCACCCUCGUAAACAACAUGGAUUUCUCAGCAGCUGAGACCAUGACACGCAUCCAUCGCAUGCUAAGCUCUAAGGGGGUCCAUCUUGUCUUCUGUGGCCUGAGACUUGAUAGUGAUGUUGCUCUUGCCCUUCGAAAAGUGGAUUUAUGGAUUGACGCAGUGCCCUAUUUGGAGGUUUUUGCUUCUUUGAACGAAGCAUUAGAGUGGACAGAGAAUGAAUAUCUUCGUGGACUUUACUCUAGUGAUCUCUCUGCUGGCAAAACAUUGAAACAUGUGACUAUGGCUGAUACUACAGCACUCCGCAUGCCAAAUCGUAAUGAUCGCCUGGCUAUUGACUUGGCAGAAGGCGUUGUAAAUUCACCCCGCUAUGAACAUUUGCAUCAGGCGGCCAAGCAAGUCACCCAGGAUUUGCAUCGUCCUACUAAGAGUCCAACUCGUCUCUCUGACCAUGCUAUGCAUCGUCCCUAUUCUGUGCUUGCCAGUACACUGGGACCCUAUAUGGAGCAUUCCGAGUGCGAUUAUCUUUUCCGGAUUUUGGUACCAGAAAUGCAAGAGCUCUUUCUGCCAAAGGAUACGGUCCUUUGGCAGCUGGGCGAUACACCUGAUGCGCUGUAUUUUAUCGAGUCAGGCAUGCUCAAAGCCCGAUACUUGUUCUCUCAGGGUAACAAUGAGGUUCAUGAGGCUAUGCUGGCUGGUACAGUGGCAGGAGAACUCACCUUUUUGUCACAACAGAAACGCAAUGCUCAUGUACUUGCCGAAAUCGACACAUAUGUAUGGCGACUCGACAAGACUGCUCUGAAAAACAUUGAGAAACGCGAUGCCCAAGCUUAUGGCACACUUAUCCAGCUUCUGCUACGAGUGACAGCCGAUGAGCAGGAAUGCCUCAUGUCUUAUCUAGUGUCUCGCCUAAGCUAA